CAAUGGGGACAUGGGACACAAUGGGGACAUGGGGACACCAUGGGGACAUGGAGGACACGGACAGCGUCAUCAGCACCCCCAAACCACGGCUGCGCCCGUUCUUCGAGGGUCUCUCCCAGUCCAGCUCCCAGACCGAGAUCAGCAGCCCCCCCCCGGCGGAACCUGGGACCAAGUUGGGGCGCAAACCCCCCGAUGAGGGGGGGGCGGAGCCUGACGGGACGGACACUCGGGGGGACCCCGAACCCCCCCAACCUGAGCCCGGGGGGGUCCCCGAAAAGCUCCGGACCCCCCUAAAAGGCAGCAAGGGGGGGGCAGAGGUGACGUCACCCAGGGGGGGGACACGUCGGGGGACCCCCCUGCGGGAGCGGCCACUGGGCCGGGGGGUCCCCGGGGGGGUCCCCAGUGUCCCCAACCCCGGGGACAGGAACAACAGCUCGGACAGCGAGAGGUCACCGGAGCUGGGCCCGGGGGGGCAGGUGCCGCCCCCCCGCCGGGCGCUGUGGGAUCAGUUGGGCCCCGCCCUGGGCCCCGAAUCCGGGGGGGUCCCCGAGCGCCUCCUGCUGGUCAGCACCUGCCAAUGGCGGGGCCAGUGGGUGCUGUCCCAGCUGCGGUCGCAGGGUCACCCCGCGGUGGGUGCUGGGGGGUCGGAGCUCCCGGCUGUUCUGGGCGCCCUCCUGACCCGCAUCCAGCGCAUGUGUCCGUGUCCCCCGCCCGCGGUGACGCUGGUGGCGCUGGGGGGGGCGCCCUGGCUCAGCACCCUCCUGCGCAGCCUCGUCCGGACCCUCAGCACCCGCAGCCCCGACAUGGGGGGGCCCCCGGGACCCCUGCGCCUGCUGCCCGUGGGGCUGGGUCCCCACCCAUUGGGUCCCCAUUUGGCCGCCCUGGACCCCCGUUACGGCGCCGCCUUCCUGGACCCCCCCUGGCGGGAGCUCUUUGGGCGCAGCGAGGCCCCCCCCACCGAGCCGUUCGACGUGGUGGGCCGGAUCCUGACGUACGCGGCGGGUGCUGGGGCCACCCACGCGCUGCCCGUGGCCGAGGCCAUGCUGACCCGCGGGGACACCCGCCCGGACGACGACUCGUACCAGAAGUUUGUCCCCUUCGUGGCGGCGGUGACAGUCGGGCAGCUGGAUGACCCCCCUGCGGCACCCGGUGACAAUGACGAGUGUCCCCCCCCGGGGCUGCUCGUCCCAUCCCCCUCCCCCCCACCCGGGGGGGGGGUGACAGGGGGACCCCGCGAAGCCGCCACCCCCCCCGCAUCCCCCUCCAUGGGCGGCACCAGCACCCAGGGGUCCCCGGGGGACGCGCUGGCGCUGCAGGUGGAUUACUGGGGGGGGGCACCCAUGGGUGCUGCGGAGCGGCGGCGCGAGGGGGGGGAGCGGCGCGAGGGGGGGGCCAAGAGCACCCUGAGGGGCACCUUCCGCUCCCUGCACGUCACCCGCCUGCCCCCGCCCGGCGACGGGCCCGCCCCCCCCGCCCCCACCCUGACCUUGACCUUGGUGACCCGCGAGAAGAACAAGAAAGUGCCCACCCUGUUCAAGCGCCCACGGGAGCCGGACACCAAGAGCCUGGUGGUGGAGGGGGUGACCCGGCUGAUCUGCGCCCCCCGGCAGCCCCCCCUGCGCGUGUGGGUGGACGGGUCCCCGUGGGACGACAUCAAGUUCUUCCAGCUGGCGCCCUCGUGGCCGACGCACGUCAAGCACCUGCAGGUGGCGCUUUGGGGGCCCAAGGCACCCUGAGCCCACCCAUGGGUGCCCCCCACCCUUGGGUGCCCAUCCCCCACCCGUGGGAACCUUCACCCACCCAUGGGAACCCCCACCCGCCCAGGAUUGGGGGGAGAGGGCACCCUCAGCUUCUUCAGCGUCGUUGUUGUGUCACCCGCCUUGUGAGCACCCAUGGGUGCUGGGACACCCCAGUGCCACCCCCUCAUUCCCAAGAGCACCCAUGGGUGCUGAAGACAACCCCCAGUGCCACCCCAAAGAGCGCCCAUGGGUGCUGGGACACCCCAGUGCCACCCCCUCAUUCCCAAGAGCACCCAUGGGUGCUGAAGACACCCCCCCAAGAGCACCCAUGGGUGCUGAAGACGACCCCCAGUGCCACCCCAAAGAGCGCCCAUGGGUGCUGGGACACUCCAGUGCCACCCCAUAUAGCACCCAUGGGUGCUGGGACACCCCAGUGCCACCACCAGAGCACCCAUGGGUGCUGGAACAUCCAGUGCCACCCCAAAGAGCACCCAUAGGUGUUGGGACAACUUAGUGCCACCCCAAAUAGCACCCAUGGGUGCUGGGACAUCCAGUGCCACCCCAAAGAGCACCCAUAGGUGUUGGGACAACUUAGUGCCACCCCAAAUAGCACCCAUGGGUGCUGGGACACCCCAGUGCCACCCCCUCAUUCCCAAGAGCACCCAUGGGUGCUGAAGACAGCCGCCCAAGAGCACCCAUGGGUGCUGAAGACGACCCCCAGUGCCACCCCAAAUAACGCCCAUGGGUGCUGGGACACCCCAGUGCCACCCCAAAGAGCACCCAUGGGUGUUGGGACACCCCAGUGCCACCACCAGAGCACCCAUGGGUGCUGGGACACCCCAGUGCCACCACCAGAGCACCCAUGGGUGCUGGAACAUCCAGUGCUGCCCCCUCAUUCCCAAGAGCACCCAUGGGUGCUGAAGACAACCCCCCAGGAGCACCCAUGGGUGCUGGGAACCCCAGUGCCACCACCAGAGCACCUAUGGGUGCUGCACCCCCUGCCGACCCCCCCCCACCCCCCCAAUCAGUGCCAAAUCGGGGGAUGGGGGAGGGGGCUGAGCACCCAGCCCCUCCCCCCCCAGCACCCACCGCCCCUCCCCCGCUCGCACGCGCACACCCCAGUCGGGGGGGGACUCGGGAUUUGGGGGUGUCGCCCCCCCC